GUCACAGCCGCAACAGUCGCGUUGAGCUCAUUCCAAGUGGAACUUCGUUUUGCGAGGCAUCAUCACCGGCUUCUCAUAAACUACCCCCAACAGACUUUAUUCUGCUAACUCUUCAAAAAUGCGUGAGUGCAUUUCCAUUCAUGUUGGGCAAGCUGGCGUGCAGAUAGGUAACGCCUGCUGGGAAUUGUACUGUCUGGAGCAUGGAAUUCAGCCGGAUGGCGAAAUGCCAUCAGAUAAAUCCAUUGGAAGUGGUGAUGACAGUUUCAAUACGUUCUUCAGUGAGACUGGAGCUGGGAAGCACGUCCCUAGGGCAGUCUUUAUCGAUCUCGAGCCAACCGUAGUCGACGAGGUUCGUACUGGAACGUAUCGGCAAUUGUUCCACCCCGAACAGCUCAUAACUGGUAAAGAGGAUGCCGCAAAUAAUUAUGCACGAGGUCAUUAUACGAUUGGAAAGGAGAUCGUGGAUUUAGUCUUGGACAGAAUUAGGAAGCUGGCUGAUCAGUGCACUGGCCUCCAGGGUUUCUUGAUUUUCCACUCGUUCGGAGGUGGCACUGGUUCUGGAUUCACUUCUCUGCUUAUGGAGCGUCUUUCUGUGGAUUAUGGAAAAAAAUCAAAACUGGAAUUUGCCAUCUAUCCAGCCCCCCAGGUCUCCACUGCUGUUGUUGAGCCUUACAACUCUAUUCUGACAACCCAUACCACACUCGAACACUCUGAUUGCGCCUUCAUGGUUGAUAACGAGGCUAUCUACGACAUCUGUCGCAGGAAUCUCGACAUCGAACGCCCGACGUACACCAACUUGAACAGACUUAUUGGACAGAUAGUGUCGUCGAUCACAGCUUCUCUUCGUUUCGAUGGAGCUCUCAACGUCGAUCUCACUGAGUUCCAGACCAACUUGGUGCCCUACCCGAGGAUUCACUUCCCUCUGGUCACCUAUGCACCCGUUAUCUCAGCAGAGAAGGCUUAUCAUGAGCAGCUGUCUGUCGGUGAGAUCACCAACGCCUGCUUCGAGCCGGCCAAUCAGAUGGUCAAGUGUGAUCCACGUCAUGGAAAGUACAUGGCCUGUUGCAUGCUCUACCGAGGCGACGUUGUUCCUAAAGAUGUCAACGCUGCUAUCGCCACCAUCAAGACAAAACGCACCAUCCAGUUUGUCGACUGGUGUCCAACUGGAUUCAAGGUUGGUAUCAAUUAUCAGCCACCCACUGUCGUUCCUGGUGGUGAUCUCGCCAAGGUACAGCGGGCUGUCUGCAUGCUGUCCAACACAACUGCCAUCGCCGAGGCUUGGGCUCGUCUCGACCACAAAUUCGAUCUUAUGUACGCAAAACGUGCAUUCGUCCACUGGUACGUGGGUGAGGGCAUGGAGGAGGGAGAAUUCUCCGAGGCUCGUGAGGAUCUCGCUGCCCUUGAGAAGGACUACGAGGAAGUCGGCAUGGACUCUGCCGAGGGAGAGGGCGAAGGAGCCGAGGAAUAUUAAAAUGAAAAACUAUUGCCUCACCUAAUGAGCAUGACCAUUCCUGCAAUCUGAUGUAAUCGCUUCAUUGAUAAUAAAAUGAAUUUUAUAGCUCA